UGGCUCCUGACCUGUUGUCUCGCUGAGAUAAAACUCUAACACUCUCUAUCCUUUUGUCCUAUGGACACUGGGUAGUAUUCUAAUAUGCUUUAUGCAGCAGUUUUAGAUUGUUUCAGCAAUUCCUCUUCCAGAGCAAAAAGAGUCCAAAACACAUCAGCGCACCUUGACACACAAGUAAAAGUCCAUUUGCUUGUUCUGACUCUUGAUUCAUUCUUGAGUCAUUAGACAUCAUGGAUAGAUUAUGAAAUCCUCUCUUACAACAGAUUAUCUGUAAUGGAUUAAUAAUAAUGAUAUACAAUUCACACUGUCUGUAACUUGACCUCAUCACUGAUGACCACGCACUAUUGCGCAGUGACCCAGUAGUUUUCCAUUUUGACCUUGUCUUUUAAAUUGACUUGUGGGCAAUGAGGCAAUGUCUAACGAUUUCAUUGUCUGUACAGUGUGACAUCUCCUCAUCUAAUUAGCAAGAACUGUCCUUGAAAUAAAUGUGUAGUAAAAAUGUGUUUAUGAGUCACUGACUCUAGACUACUUCUACCCAAAUACAGCCAAGUAUUAACAGCACAGCAGGACUAGAAAUUGCUACUGACCCAAGAAAAAAGGACAGUUCAAAAGAUACUGCAGAGGCAUAAAACUUUGAAGUGAAAGUUAAUGUGAGGGAGGUAAUUCACCUCUGUGUUUAGAUUCUCAGGGAAUUUUUCUGCUGUUUACAAUCAAAAAAGAAAAAUGCAGCUCUCUUUACCACUUUUAUGAAUUAUUGUACAUCACACACCAGUGAUGACCAUCUCCCUCAUGGCAUGCCUUGUCCUUAGAUCCGAGUCACUGCACCACUGUGACAGAAACUACGUUGCUGAUAUGAAUUUGCACUGCAUAACAAGGAAACAGAUGGCCAGAUGCUUCACUGCUGCAUUCGGUUACAGUGGGCAGUCAGAUGACCUGCUAGUUGUUUUCCUAUAUAAUACUGCUUUUCAUUCACUACAGUAAAAUCAAUUUAAAUACUAGUCUCUUCUUCUUCACCAUGUCCAAGGAGCUUGCAUUCGUAAGCCUUUAAGCAGAGGGGCUAAUUCAAUUUGACCACAGCAAACAGCACCAAUUAAAAAUACAUCAUCAAACCAGGCUUGGAGGAUAAUGCUGUGCUGUACCAAAAAUACCUUUGCAGCAUUUACUGGCCAGGAGCAGUGAGAGGCAGCAUUUCUCCUGCUGGCUAAGUCAUGAUAUUCCUGUCACAUUUUGGUGGAGUCAUUUUUAGAAAAGCCAAAUAAACCAGGGAGGGGAGAAUGAAGAGAGAAGAAAAAGAAGAGGCGGAUUGCUUGUUUAUGCUGCUGCAUCCGUCCUGGUGUUGCUGGGGGGGUGGGGGGUUGUUGUGAAUGACUGAGACAGCAGAGCAGCUGAGGGAGACUAACAAGUGGUUGCCAUGCAGCAGGAGCAAGCGUGCGUGCUUCGUGCUUCUGGAGGGAGAGAUAGAGAAACAGAAUGAUAAUGAGUAUGAGGCAGCAAGUAAGGGAGCAUGAGAAGAGGAGCUGUAUCUCCGAGAAGAGACACAUAUCAUAGCUUGAUCUAGCCUCUCCCUCGCUUCUCUGUUGCUCUCUUUAUCUCUCGCGUUUUGUUUAGAUGAGAGGUUAGCCUAGCCAGAAUGCCAGCAAUGAAUGGAUUAAUGGAUAUAUGUCUGAGAGCUCCAAGAAAGAGGAGUUGUUCACAAGAAACAGCAGCAACAGGUCUGUAAGGAUGGAACGAUAAUGACGGUAACAUGCAGGCUUCUAAACGCCUGACCCCAUCAGAGGAGAGAUGAGACACCUAGAUGUUGGUUUACCAUGUGUAGCGUCCACUACAACCACUCCCUUGCUGCCAUGAGCGGAAACGACAUGAUGGCGCACUCUCUGACUCUGGAGCAGAAGACAGCAUUUGCCUUUGUGGGGAUGUUACUGGUGUUCCUGGGGCUGCUGAUAGUAAGGUGUUUCAGGAUCCUGCUGGACCCCUACAGCAGUAUGCCUUCCUCUAACUGGGCUGAUGGCAUCGAGGGACUGGAGAAAGGGACAUUUGAGUACGCCCUUACUUAACACAGGGACACAUAUAUCCAUAGAUGUCCUCACAAACAGAAAAGCCUAUAGACACACAUAUGCAUACACACAGACACGAAUACACUUGCACACAUGCAAACAGACACAAGCCACAGCUCUGCACAACCAUUGCACCAUUAAGACAGCUCUCUGUGAUGGACCGAACUAAGGGACUGAAGCUGUGUAUGUUGUUCAAAGUGUGUGUGCGCUGUUAGUUCAGAGCCAGUGUAGAGUCUCUCUACUGUAUGUGACUACAUGUCUGUUGUGUGUCUGAGCGAGUCUGAAGCUGCUGUGUCAUAUUCUUUGCCCUUCUGCCAGGGGGUGUACUUUUCAGCUCAUCAAUUUACACGGAAAUGGCUGAAGCUCCCUUUAACCCAUACCUACAAGUUGAAUGUAGGAGAUGAUAAGAGGUGGUAAGUGGUGGAUGCUUGUGGGACAGGGUGGGGAAUUAGGAUGCAGUGGGAUUAUUCAGAUGUAGUUUGAAGACUCAGGGAUAAGAAUCCUUAUGUGAACUCAGAAUGGGAAACAGAGUGGUUGCACCUCUGCACAGCAGAGCUGUUCUGCACAAGAAUGCGUAUGGUUUGAUACAGGGUAUUAUGUCAAACUAGUGCUUUGUGGACUAAUCAAAUCCAGUCUGUUGGUGAUCCAAAGGAAUGCUGUUGCUGCUGUGUGUGCAAAUUGGUCCUUUCUGUGGUGUCUUGUUUUUUGAAAUCAUGCAAUGAAAGGCAACUGAACAAACUGUGAUUUACAUUAUGGUGUUACUGUUUCUAAAUGAUGCAAAAACAACUCUCAGAGUUUGUACUGCUACUGUCUUUGAGUGAUGGUACACUGUAUGUUGCUACAAUCACAUGUCUGAGUGAAAGGAAAAACACAGCUGUUUACUUUUGACAGUAUGUCUGCAAAGACAUAUGAUAAUGUUGAUUCAUGGGCUGUCAAUUGUUCCGUCUGUCAAGUGCUCUGUCUAAAGGUUGGCUGAUGCGAUCAAGCCAAAGAACUUUAAAGGGAAAUGAGGAUUCAGCGCUCUCCCUCUCCCAGCACUGCUAGUUUUCUAAUGACAAGGAUAAACUCUCACUACCUGUCUGCAGAAAAGGUCACAUGGAAAACAGGGGUGGGAUGUCUGUCAGCACUGCACGUGAACAUCUUUUUCCUCCUAUCCUCAGCCAUCCUCACUCUUUCUCACCUGCUCUCUUCCUUCCAGGCAGAGGAGGACAGGACAGUCCUAAACAGAGAUUCUGUAAUACGGCAGACUGGUCAAAGUCUUGAGUGUUCCUUUGCUAAUUUUUACGGUCUACGGUUUCUCCUUAGUGCUGUGAAUCUGCCUUACUGUGACCUUCAAUGGGUUUAUGUGCCUUCAUCUAGAAACAUUAGAGUACCUGUUUGUGUGCAUGUGUGUGUGCAUGAGUGCGUGUGUGGCAUAUCAUGAUGACAGAUAGUGCAUUUCCUGACCUGUUGCUUGCUCAGCUGGUGGUAGAGAUUUCUCAUUGACAUAGAUUUGAUUCAAUGAUGUGGAAUAAAUAGAAUUUCUUCACUUUAAAA